AUGAUGCUGUUCCCUCUUCUUGCAGUGCUCCUGCAAAUCUCCUCAGUAUGGGCAGCUCCCAUGGAGCCAUCGGUCUUGGCCAUCCCCGUGCGGGACAUUAUCGAAGGAGAUCUGUCCGCUCAUGAGGCUCACCCAAACUUCGAGCUAUACACGCGUUGGCUUGAGACCACGCAAGGGUCAUAUAUUCGACGAGACCCUAAAGCUGCAUUUACCAAGUACUCCAGGAUCGCUUCAGUCGACUGCCGCUCACACGAUGCGACCUGCUUCUUCACGAGCCGAGUCCCGUUUACAGACAUCACAGAGUCAAAGAGAGAUCUCGACCUUCUCAAUAGCGCGCUCGCGGAGCAAUUGCAAGCGAGAGAUUCAGAAGUUACAGAAUCUCCAGCGGCUUUGGCCCUACGAGCUCUGCAAAAGCGCUCUGGUUUCGCUGCCACUCUUUAUGCCUCUCUUCACUACAAAACGUAUCAUAACCUAGGACCAGAUAACCCAGUCGCUGGAUUUCAACACUAUAUUGUUUGGGAUUUAAAGUGCCAAACAGUACAAUUCACCAGCUCGGGCUUCCAAUUGACAGGUCAUACAGUUAGGGUGGAUACCGAAAACAGUGUUUCAGCCGAUUUAUCUGGGACGCUCAUAGGAGAUGAUCCUAAUUCGGGUAACCAACACUCUGUCUUUAUUGGCAUCGGGUUCGUAUGCAGCUUGUUCGGUAAUAAAUGCUGCUUAGCAGGCAAGACGGUGCAGAAUUAUGUUGGUGGCAUUGAGACGUGGGUGCCGAAAACAGAACCCAUUGAGUGCGUUGCUGCAAGAGAUGUCUCGAACCAGAAUUGCGAAAGCUACAUUGGUGGUUGGUGUGGCGUGCAUAUCAGGCAAUACCAGAAGAAUGAGGGGCCCGGUUUGCGCCCAGAGAACUAUCGCUUCGACGUCAUUUUGUAUGACGGCGAGCAGGAACUUGUCGGCGAAUCAGAGUUGCUCAGUAUCCCUAGCGGCGAAACAAUGCAAGUCGGGAGCACCUUACCAUAUACGCUGGGGGUCACAGCGCCUCAAAAUGACCCCGAUGCCGUAUACAUGUCCUACAAUGGCCAGAGCUGGGGAAGCAACGACCAAGACCAUCAUUGCGAUUUUGGAGGGUUCGAUAGCGGCCAUAGGGAUGGCGAUUGUGGAUUUUCAUGCUAA